AGUGAAAAGUAUGCAUAGAUAACCUUGAUUGUAAAUCUGUGAUUGCUGUUUAUUAAUAACAAAUCAGAUAAUUUCUAAUGACAAGGCACCAAAACUAUCUUACAACUAAUAUAAUGGGGCUACAGCUUCAUAAAAAUGCUGUGGCAUACGCUGCUACUACAUUAGCAUCAAGUGCUAUGAAUUCAGUCUUUUUCUUCUAUUACGUCAAACUGUUUCUCGACACUUAUAAAGUUUCACCAACGUGGUUCCAAUUUGCGCAGAUCGUGUACAUGCUUUGGAAUGCUAUUAAUGACCCACUGUUUGGCUACAUACAAGACAACUCUUCAUGGGCUUUGUGCAGAAGUAGAAAGAAAGCGAUCUACUAUGGUGCACCGUUGUGGGCUUUGUUCUUCUUGCUGCCCUGGUUUAAAUGGGCAGAUUAUGAUAUUGCCUCGAACACAUGGAUAGCGGGGUUGCACUUAAUCGUAACACUGUGCGCAUAUGACUCUAUGCUCACUUUCGUGCUACUUGCGCAGUGUGCACUUUUUGCCGAGAUAUCGACAAAACAAGAAGAUCGUCUUCGGUUGGUCAAAUACCAGCAAAUAGCUUCUGUGAUAGGAAGCAGCAGUGUUUUUCUCUCAACUGUCGUCUCAAACAACAUGAAGAACUUUUUUAAUCUCCAACUAUAUUGUGUUGCUGUAGCAGCAGUGGCUUUCCUAUGUAUGAGGUAUUCCAGUAUUAAUGUGAGCACCAAAUACGAAAGUGACAAAUACAGUUCACCUGAAUCUGAGGGUCUUCUUGGUAAAACCACCGACAUGAGCACUGCUGGUGCUUGUACAAUCACUAAACAAAUUCUUUUUAAUCGUAAUUUCAUAUCAUUUGUUCUCAUGAACUUUUUUCAGGUAUUCCACACAACAUUCUGCUCGAAUUUCCUUUUAAUUUUUGCCGAUCAUUUGAUUCCAAAAGAUGCUCUUCCAUCCUUAGCAAUGAGUGCAUUGUAUGGAGCUUCGUUUAUUCUUCCCCAGAUAAUUAUACUUCUUGGUGGAGAAGUGAUCAUGAAGUUUGGCGCGUACAGAGUGGUGAUGGUGUCGUUUUUCAUCCAGUGUUUUGCAGGGUUGGCUCUCUUCUUAAUAGGCAGUAACUCACCCUGGGUGCUUGGAACCUUCUUUAUUCUUGAUAUGACUAUACCUUCUGCUGCAUUCAGUCUGUUCAAUAUUCCAUUAUCUGAUAUAAUUGAUGAAGACAUGAAAGCUUUUAACAGAAAACAGCCACAGUCAUCAAUGGUGUUCGGUACAAACGCACUGAUCACCAAACCAGCCAACUCACUUGCCCCUAUGAUAGUGGUUGCUAUUUUGAACAGUUACGGAUAUGAACACCUGAAAAACUACGGCGCCUCUGGUCCACCGCUCGAUCCGUCAGCUAGCGCUAGAGAGCUAAUGGAUCUUCACUCCACUAUGUUUCUUCUGCUGUGUUUUAUACCAGUGAUCGUCUCCUUGGCUCAGAUUGUGGUCUGGAGUUUCUACGGUUUGCGCGACAGUCACACAACGGAGGCAAAAUACGUCGAAUCUUAAGCUCUUUGCUCUGCAGUAAACUAUAUUUUAGAGAUUUUUAUUUGCUAAAGAAAAAAAGAUGUUUACAUCUUUGCACUUUGUAUCAUUGUGGACCAGUCUGUACUCGUUUUUAAAACGUACACAAACUUUUGCAACAUUUAAGUGAAUAUGGCUCAUUUCAAAUUAUUUUUCAAAGAUGCUCUUAUUUUAAAUUUUCAAAGAUGUUUUUAAAUAUAUUUUGGUGUGGCUUAUUUUAUCUUGCUACGUUUACUAUUAUAUACCCGAGGCCGAGAGCUAUUUCUAUAUAUACAUUUAUUAUAGUACAGUGAGUACACUAUUAAACGUAGAGGCGUUGCUGCAGCCUAUGCAUUUAUUGUCAUAUGCAGACAACAAUCGAUUAAAUUUUACCGCCGUCUUACAGUUUCUGAAUAAAAUCGCCGGUGAUAAAAGGAAAUAUCAAUACAUAUGAACAGGCAUGGCGUA